AUGAAUGGCGUUACUGGCGAUAAGGCAGAGUCUUCUCGCAACGGACAGAGAAGGUUUCUUUGCACGUUGGCUUCGGUCGAUACGAUGGGCCAGUCUUAUGAAGUACAUCUGUGGCGUCAGGCUGUUGUUCCAGUGCAGCGUACGCUAUCCGAAGCUGUGCUGGAGUAUGGUGCCGCGACGAGAUAUUACUAUGUUAGUGCCUGA